AUUUCAAAGCAGUGCUCUGCUUAUUGUGCAGCGAUUGAGCGACCCAAGCCAGCGCAGAAGCCGUUUCUCCUGGAAGAGCCCAUGCCCUUCUUUUACCUCAAGUGUUGUAAAGUUCGCUAUUGCAAUUUAAACGGGCCGUCUGUGAACUUAUCAGUGUUCAAAGACUAUGUUGAGAGCUCCAGUAAGAGGAGCUGUGGCAGGCUGGGGCUGACCGCCCUCCUGCUGCUGGCCUCCACUGCAGCUGGCCUCAGCCUGCCUUGACACAGGACUGCAUGAACUGAGCCUUCUGGAGCAUGGACUCACUCCACACCGUUGUAACCUGUUGCAUUAAACUUGUUUUGUUGAU